AUGUUCGCAAAGGAAGCCCCAUCGCAUCACACUUCUUCGGAGCCUAACUCUUCAGGCUCUUCCGGACAUUCAUCUUCCUCUACUACAGCCUCAUCCCCUAUUCAAUCAUCUUUAACCCACAACGAUACCGUCUCCAGUCUGGAGAAGCCAAGUCCUGCAGAAGAUUCGCUUACCACCGAUACAGUAUCUUUUGAGGGGCGUGUUGAUGGAGGUGUGACCACCACUCCUUCAACUCUUACCGAUUCUGUCAUUUUGCCAUCUAGCGUCGUGGAGUCAUCUACUGGAAGUAAAGAGGCGUCCAUUCCCCCAAUACAAAAACAGCAAACGUCGAUCGGAGCAGUUAAACCAACUUUACGAGUCAUGCGAAAUAUUGCAGCAGUCGAAUGUGGCGCGAAGUUGUUGAAGGCCAGUCCUUCAGCACGCCAUGCUGCAUCGAUCCUGGUUGACAAUAAUGACAUGUACAUGAAUCAACCCUGUGCCUCCGAAAAAUGGUGA